ACUUGAUCAGUUCCAGUAUUUGUUGCAUGUUAGACCUGUAAAUGGAACGUACUCUAAAGAUAAUAGUUCAUAAUGCAGUAAACUCGGUAGGAAAUCGUUGCUGAGACAGUGUGAAGAAGUCUCCUGAGAGAAUCAAAAUUAAAAUUGUAGCUAGCAUUCACAUUCCCUUUCAGAACUUUCUUCAUUUGUUGAAGAGUUUUUAAUUUCUGGUUUAUUUACAAUUGUACCCUGCGUAUCUUUCAGCAGCUUCAGGAAUAGUUCUGUUUUUCCUAAUGUAAAUCUAUGUGGCUUCUUACAUUAAGACAUUUCUGCAGAUUCUUCAUUCCAUAGCCAUAAAUCUUCCACUGCUUUGAAGUUAAAAAGGUUUUCUGGUCAAGAUGUUUUUCCUUCUGUUUUGUUGACUUGCUUUAUUUUAAAUUGGUCAGUACUUCAAGGGCCAUGCUCCUCUUAAACAUCUCUUUAGAGAGAGGGUGCCUGUGUUACAGGCCAAUUAGCUCACAUGUGGUCUGAUAUAUUUAAAAAAAAAAAAUUACCUUUCUUGUUAUAACAUGGCCUUUUAUGAAGUGCACUUGAAAUCCCUUUCAAAUUUAAUGAAGGAACAGCUCUUCCUUUCCCUUAUGUAUGUGAUUUAGGAACCCAGUAUUGUGAAACAGCUGAAGUGAAGGAACUUUUCAAGCUUCUAGUUAUUAAGGAUAUAAACAUUUUUCUGGCUUCAAAGACUUUCUCAAUAGAGAGACUUUAAAAUUGGGAGUUCUGGAGAUCUCUUGGCUUCUCUUUUUGGUUAAAGCAUCCAACUUUGUAUUUAUCUUACACUUGCCAGAUUCGGCCUCGCCCUGGAGCUUCAAGACCAGCUGUUCAUCUUUUAGGAUCUGGAGCCUUUUUUCAGUCUCUUUGGAGAUACUGUUGUAAGCAUUUUUUAUCCUUUCAACUCACAAAAGAAUUUUCUAAGGGAUACAGCUUUAGCUUUUAUUUUUUUUCUUUUCUUCCUUUUAUCCAUAUUCCAUCCCAUACCUAAUAGAUAUUAGAAUAGUUUGUGAUCUCAACUUGGCCUUUGCAUUAUGACUCUGGUUUAAUGUUGAAUAUCUUUACUGAACUUCUCAAUGCUGGUCAUAUGCUAUAUUUGUUUGUUACAAGAGGUAAAUAAGAUUUUUCUGAAAUCCAAAAUGUAAUGAUUAGAGAGUGACACCUGCAUAUGAUUAAGCAUUUUGUAGCUUUUAAAAAUGUAUUCUCUUUAAUCCCUAAAGAUAUCAAGAUGUUUUACAAACUGAUUUAGGCCCUGAUCCUGUAAUGAGUACAGGGGUAGAAGGACUCAAUACAGGCCCAGACAAACCAGGACCCUGACUGCAAUUGGAUAUGAAUGGGCAGAACUUCACUGACUUUGUAUGGUCUCUGCAUAGGCAAGAGGAUAUGGUAUCCAUUAUUAUAUGUGUAUGUAUUGCCUAUGUAACUUUAGACUGCUCACAUUAAGUAAAAAAAACAUUCUUUCAUGUGAAAUAUAAAAUCUCUAGUAUACUUCUUAGACAAUAAGGUAGGCCUAUUAUGUAUAAAAUAGUUAAUCUAACUCCUACAUGCCUACCUAACACACAACUGCUUAAGACAGGAGUAGAAGAAUGCUUUAGUAAUUUGAAGUCACACGGGUGACUUUAAGGUAAGCAGAAUGUAAUUUGAUCAGAACACUACCAUUUGCCCUUAAACCACUUUUCAAAAAUUGCAGUGUUUUAAAACAGCUUUCAGCCUGGCCAGGAGUGCUCCUCUAUAGCUGCUAGGUUACAUCAUGUAUUACAGCUUAUGUGCUGAAUGAUCUACAAAAUGGCAGUGGUACUACCUUUGGAAAAGGCAGCUUUCCCACGCUGCUUUAUCAACAAGCUGCUAGGUGAUGGCGGCUAGGGGCCCUCCCCACUUCCCUCAGGCCGUUACCCGCCCUUGCACGUACAAGGCACAAGGUACAGCACUGCGUCCACGUUGGUACGUCAGCAAUAGUCCCGUUUCUCGAUACUCGGCCUGCGGCCUGUCCUCUCCCGGCCGGGUACGUGGGAGGGCGUUAGGGGGACGGAGCCUGCCGAACGGGGGGUCAUUUUCGCUGCUGUUUCCCUCCUCGGGGCUAGAGCUCGGGCAGCGCCGCCAGCCCCCGGGGGGCCAGGCGCGUUGCUCUGUGCAAUCGCGCUCAUGCACGGUCCAUCUCCCGCGUGCUCCGCUCGCUAGCGCGCUUCGGCUGACCCCGGCAGCCCUCACCGCGCUCGGCACCAGCGCCCCGCCGCCAGCAGAGCCGGGCGAAUCGAUCACUCCGGGCUCGGCUCAUCGAGCCUGUGGCGGAGGGCUGGCUGGAGAGCGGUGAUGGAUGGAGAGUGCCCGGCCCUGAGCGGAGGUGAGUGAGGGAGCGGGGGGGCCGCAACGUGGCGCCCCCCCGGCUCCGGCUCCGGCUCCGGCUCCGGCUCCCGCUCCCCCCGGGUCGGUUCCUACCAGCGUUGUGCUUGUGCCCCUCCCCCCGAGCUGCGCUGGGCAGCGGGGUUGGCACAGGGUCUCCGGCCUGCCAACGCCGCACGCAGAGCCCUGCGCAAUGACGUCACUGCACGAGGGCCUUGUGUCACUCGCGGGCAGAACCCCUUCCUGGGGGCGGGGCGGCCUGUCGCAGGGGCGGGUCCGCCAUCGCUGCCUCGUUCCCUGCGCGGGGGUUUAACUGCCCCUUCUACGCUCGCCCCUAGGGGGCACCGGCGAGUCGCCGCCGCGGCUCUGCCCGGGCUCAGGGGCCAGGAGGGAGCAAAGAUUUUCUGGGAACCCGCGAGUGGGACGGAGGCGCUGGGGCCUAGAGGGUCUCGCCGCCCUGCUGGUCUCGUGAUGCCCGGGGCUCGAGUCUGUCCCGCCCUCUCGCUGUGAGAGCUUGGUUAGCGCUUUGGGCACCGUUUGAUUCCCACCCCCCUCAUCAGCCCUUUGCCCCCGUUGUUGUGGGCCUUGCGGCCCCAGCAAGGGCCGGGGAGCGGGAUGGGAAACGGCCCGGGGUAGCCUCGGAAUCCGUUUUAACCCGCUUUUUAAAAAAGGGAUUUGGUUUUUAAAUGGAAGGUGCUGCCUUUAGGUGAUGAUUGUACCAAAAAGCGAGCAAGAACCACCAGAAAAGAUCAGUUGCAUGUUCUAAAGGAAGCGGCGGGCUUGGGGCUGAGAGCAGGCACAGGGAGGGGGGUAGCGUGUAGGACAGUGGCGCCUUGUGGUGGUGCUCGCUGCGGGCUGUAUUUGAGACUCUGCCAGAGCAGCCGUGUGUAUAUAUGUAGCUAGGGCUUGCAUGUUGUGUCGAUUUAGGAAACCUUAUUUGGGCCCCCCUGUAAUUCCUUCAUAGUAUGUUUGCGUAAAGAGCAAAAGACACAACAGAAGGAAUCAGGAGACCUGGGUUGGACCCUUUGCCCCUGACUCUAUGUGUGAGUAGGCAUGUUAUUUAAAUGAAGGCUGAAAUUAAAUGCCCCAUAUUUUUUUUGUAUAAAGAAGCUAAUGUACAGCCUAAUAGUUUACAUCAUUAACACUGCUUCCAUAAUUAAAACAGUCAAAUGCAAACAUUUUUUAAAAAGCACUUCCAUACAAUGUUUGACUAUAAAUAAAGUGAACUAAUUGCAUUGAUAUUUGUUGCACAAGCUGAUAUACACACAAAAAUCAAGGUCCUGAUUCUGCAAAAACACAUGCAUUGAAAUCAGUGGAGCUACACAGGGUAGUAAAGUUAAGUGUGUGGAUAAGUCCUUUCAGGAUUGGUGCCUAAGCCUGAAUAAUGGGGUUUUUAAAGUUCUUUCAUUUGUAAUAACCUGUAGUUAAUAACACGUAAAGAAUCUUGUUUGCUUACAACAUAGGAUUUUUUAAUGUUGACAACGGCCCUUCAACUACUUUAUGCCUCAUUUUCUUCAUUUGUCGAGCAAAGAUGACACCCAUCUUAGUAAAGCAUUUUGUAAUGCCUUAUUGAUGCUAAAGUUAUAUUUAGAAUGUCGGUCAUAACUGCACACAGCUUAGGGGUGAAGGAACUGAAAUGUUCAAAUUUGAGUGCAGGUCUUCAGAAUUUAGAGCCAGGCUGGUUCUGCAUGAGAGGAUGGGAAGGGAACAGCUUCUCUAUGUCAGCCUUAUUUUUCACUCCCCUGUUGUUUGUCUCUUCUCAGACAAUGUGUGUGAAGAUUUCUCAAACACAUUGAUGCAACUUUGUGGCCUCCCAAAAUGGAAAAAUUUGGUGUAGUUGUGCUCGGAAGCCAGCUUGACAGGGUGCACUCCAAGAGCAAAAUAUAGCUGUUGGUGAAUCCGUAGAGCGCAGCUAUACUCAUCCUCUGACAGUUUUUUAAGAUAUUGGUAGGGCAGAAGAGACAGGCAAAUAAUACGAAGCCAAGAAAACUCCUCUUUUUAAUGAUUUCAGAAUAAGAAAAUAUCACUGAAAUGAAGCAGCCCGUGCAGUGGAUGUGCUUUUUAAUCCCAUGAUGUCGGAAGUCACAUCUCCAGAAAAUAAAAGACCCCGGAGAAGCUUGUCCCUCAGUAAAAACAAGAAAAAGAAUGAAGCAGAAGUUAAAGGAGCAACACCCAUACCUUCAGCUUCUUCCUCUAUCCUUUCAUUUUUUAACAACACUCCCCCAGCCAAAGUCACUUGCCCUAUGUGCGGGCAGAUGGUGCCAAGGUAUGGGAUCAACAAGCACAUAGAUGAAAUGUGUCAGAAGAACCAUGAGGAUGGUGAAAUGAUUCUGGUUGAUACAGGACUUGACUGUUUUUUGAAUCAGGGCCAAUCGUGUAUAGCUCUGAAUACUAGUUCCAGCCCAUACUUUGCAAAGGAAGCUUCGACUUCAGAGAAAAAUGAGAGUAUCUUUGAAAGCAGCUUGUUGAAAAUAAGAGGAGGCGCAGGACAGCAGACUAGUCCUUACUUUAAGAAGAAUAAUGCUCCUAUGUACGAUGUUCAGAAUGAGCCAAGGGUGCAAAUGGUUAAAAGUAUUUCUUUGGGAAACUUAUCAUCUAAACUGUCCAGAAGGCGCCGUAUCCAGAGUAGACAACUGAUAGAAGAAAACAAGAAGAAUUCUUCAACUCCAGCUGUUCACAGUGUGUGUGACAAUGCUGCAGAAUGGGGUGAUGGAGAGACUUGUGCUGGGGAUGGCUCUCAGAAAGAGAAUCACUUUGUUCUGGUAGGAUUCCAAAAGCAACUUGUCCCAAAAGACAGUUUAACAAAGGAACUUGCAAGUCAGGGAGAAACACGAGAAUGUGAUAAAGAGACUCUUGUGGGUUCUGCUCAUGGAUUUGUAUCCUCAGUUAGGAUUGUUGCCAGGGAGCUAGUGUCUGCUGAAGGGAACACUGAGAAACACAGUUGUUCUGAAGGCAUGGUGCCUAAUCUUGGCAAACAUACAACACAUCCAGCAAGUUAUAAUAAAGUAGAGAGAUCCGAUGGUUCAGAAGCCAAAACUCAGUUCUCUGUUAAGGAUAUUACUCCUUCAAGGGCACAAGUGGCGUAUGAGAGCCAUACAGAAAACUGCCUAGUGACGGAUAAUACAGGAACACUUCCUAUGGAAGUUCAUGAAGACUUAAGGAAUGAGAUGAUUUAUCAUACUUUCUCAGAACCUAUGCAAGAGGUGGAUUUUCAGAAUACUGCCGGUGACAUUCUAGACAAAAUAAGUGGUGCACUUGGUUCUGCGACUGACUCUUUUGGUCACCCAUAUUAUCUCCAGAAUUUCCUGAUGGUCCUGCAAAUGGUCUUGGAGAAUCAUGAUGAUCGGAGACUCUUUGAUGAGCAAGACACCAGCACUAUCGCAAAGUUCUACCAAUUGUCAGCUCGUGGACAGAAGUUAUAUGUAAGACUUUUUCAACGCAAGCUGAAUUGGAUAAAAAUUAACAAAAUAGAAUAUGCAGAGAUUAGUGCAGAUUUGUUGCCAGUAAUUGGAGAAUUGGUUGAAGCAGGCUUUCUGCAAACAGAAUCUGAAUUACAAGACCUUUCUGAGGGGCUGGAUUUGCUUUCUGCUCCUGAGCUAAAAACAUUAGCAAAGACCUUUCACCUGAAAAACCCAAAUGGUCAGAAACAGCAGCUGGUGGAGGACUUUCUCAGACUGGCAAAACAACGUUCGAUCUUCAGCAAGAAUCAGGCUGGUAUUGGGGCAGUGAUUUUGAAAAGGGCUAAGGACCUUUCUGGGAAGUCUGUCAGAGUCUGUAAAGGCCCCCGAGCAGUAUUUUCUCGAGUUUUACUGCUGUUCUCACUGACUGAUUCAAUGGAGGAUGAGGAAGCAGCUAGUGGUGGCCAAGGCCAACUUUCCACCGUGCUUAUGGUAAACAUGGGUCGUACGGUGUUUCCCAGUUACACAGUAAAUAGGAAAAUAGCAAUCUUCCAGGACAGAGAAGAUUUCAUCAGAUAUGCCACAGCUGCUCAUUUGUCAAAUGAUGUAGCCAUUGCAAUGGCUAAUGGGAACUGGACAGAAGCUAAAUAUCUCUAUAUGUGCGCAAAAGAAACCUGGCAUGAAUUGAAAAAUCAUCCUUCUUUGAGAUGCCAUAGAGACUUACCUGAGUAUCUGCGACAUUUUACGGUUGGGUGGAUGUAUACAAGGAUCCUCUCUCGAGGGGUUGAAAUACUGCAGAGACUUCAUAUGUAUGAGGAGGCUGUGGAAGAGCUGCAGAAUCUUUUGUCUCAGGAAGUGUAUUGUACAGACAGCAGAGGACGAUGGUGGGAUCGACUGGCUCUGAAUUUACACCAGCAUUUGAAACGAACUGAGCAGGCUAUUGAGUGCAUUAGAAAAGGGCUGUCAGAUCCAUUUGUGCGCACAGGCCAUCAACUCUCUCUCUACCAGCGUGCACUGCGAUUGAGAGACUCACCAAGCUGCAAGAAGUUCAGGAGCCUCUUUCAGGAGCUGCCUGUCAUAACUGUGGAAGAUGUUACACAUGUUACAAUCAAAGGAAAAAUGUGUCCCCAGACAGGGGUGGGAAAAUCUGUGUUUCUUGUGGAGGACGAUGAUGAUCAAGAGGAAGGAGAAGACUUCACAAUGUCCACAAUCAUGUGUUCAGUUGAGGAGCUGGCAUUAACGCAUUACAGACAGAAUGGCUUUGAUCAGGGAAUUCAUGGAGAAGGGUCCACGUUUAGUACACUCUAUAGCCUUCUAAUGUGGGACAUUAUUUUCAUGGAUGGCAUACCAGAUGUUUUCAGAAAUUCUUAUCAGGCCUUCCCCCUGGAUUUGUAUACUGACAGCUUCUAUGAGAAGAGGAAGGACGCCAUUGAAUCUAGACUCCAGCUACUGUACGCAGCUUCCUCAGAGACCCUGAAAGAGAUGAUUGCCAAUGUCUGGAAUGCUCAAGAGGGAAAAGCAGCAGCACUAGUUAGUUGGGACCGGUUUACUUCUCUCCAGCAGGCUCAGAGUCUAGUGUCUUGCUUUGGGGGACCUUUUCUAAGUGGUGUAUGUAGGAGGCUCUCUAAAGAUCUGCGCCAUUGCAGAGGGGGUCUUCCUGACCUAGUUGUGUGGAGUACGCAAGAGCACCGCUUCAAGCUAGUGGAAGUUAAGGGUCCCAAUGAUCGCCUCUCCUACAAACAGAUGAUUUGGCUGGGUGAACUGAAGAAGCUGGGAGCUGCUGUAGAAGUUUGUCAUGUGGCUGCAGUUGGAGCUAAAAGUAAACGCCUCAGUUGAAUAAAACUGUCUAGAACAUGGUGGAAAGGGAGGGGUGAUUAUUUAAAAAACAUAAAUAAAUAGUAUGAAUAUGUGCUAAUAGUUGCCUCCUAUUUUAAGCACCUGCCACUAAGGACAUUAGAUACAUGUUUUUAAUUAGGUCCUGGAAAUGGAAAUAAUGGAGUUUUUAAGAUGUGCUUGUUUUGGUAAAGAACGAACAGGUUUUAUUUACUGUAAAUCAGGUCUCCAAAGUGGAAGAAGAGCUCAUGGUUUUCUUCUAAGUAGAACAGAGGUGACAUAGGGGAUUUUAACUAACAAAGGUAAUCUGGCAGCUGUGCCUAUAUUUCAGCUGUCUGAAUUUCAUCAAAUGUGCCCCAAACUGCUGUAACUCAAAAGCAUGUUUUAUAGGAAAAACAGUAGGAGACGCCGUCCAUCCCUUACUUUCCGGGAAUCCAAUCUCUGCCCCCUCCCCUCUUCUUAUUUCUUUUUGGCUCGAGAUACAUCUACAAUGCUGCAUGGAUGUGUAAUUUCCAUCUUGGGCAGAUGUGCACGAGCAAACUAGCUCAAGGUCACACCUACAUUACUCAGACAACUACCUUAUACCUCCAUGGCUAUACUGAUAUUUUUAGUUUACUAAAUCAAAGCUAGCUAGUAAUUACACACCACUAGAUGAUGUACCAUGUGAGAUAAAUCUUUGAGUAGUAGACUAGUGGGAAAAUGAGCAGAGCUGAGUUAGUGUUAUGAUGAUGCUUCAAGGUAGUAAGCUCCCAUUAACCAGUUUUGAUUUAUAGACAAUUACAGAUUUUCUUAAAGCUGAUGAGUCUGGUCACCAGUGAUAGGAGCAUAUAGUGAGCCCUAUCUGAGAUCUAGAACAAUCCCUGAUAUUUUGGAAGUGAUUAGAGGCACUGUUCAUCACCUUACAGACAGAUAUGCCAUUAAAUUGACUGUAGGGUUUCACUUUGCUCAGCCAAUUGAACCAUUUUAAGCACCAAAGUCUGCUCUUUUGGAGUUAAGUGCCAUGAAGUAUUCUUGUCCCAUGAGACCAACACCAACUGUCCUACUUCCAUGCAUGGAACAGUUUGAGAGUUACUAGCUAAUGGGGGGAUGGGUAAGGGAGUGCAAAUGUUCAGUUUACUAAGAAUUAACUCCUUGAAAGGUGAUUAUUUCCCCCUAAGUAACCUAAUGCUGUAAAUAAGGGAUAAGUUAAGUGGAGGCUUAGAAUAGACGUACAAUAAGAGAAUAAAAUUAAGCUUUUAACAGAAGAUUCACUGUUAAUAUAGAAAGACAUUUUAAAGUUUAUACAGGGGGCUGUACAGGAGUAAAAAAAUGGAGCUGUAAUGAGUGUCGGCCAUUGUCUGAUUGAGGAUAGUAUUGCUACUUAUGCUAUCUAUUAGGUUUUUGACAUGACUUAAAAUGAUUAUUCCCUUAAAGAGACAUGCUGUGGUGCCUGCAUACCCAAUAUUGACUCAAAUUUGCAGCUAGUUAGAUACCCACUGUAUGUACUGAUGUAAUAUGUAGCUAUUUUCUUUAGUAAGCACAGGGAAUCCACAACUCCAGAGAUUAUAGGGCAAAAUGGUAACACCAAAGAAAGAUCUUUCUAACGCCUCAAUAUUGAUGGCAACAAAACAAAGUUACUUCAGACCGUCUCUUCAUCUAACCAAAGUAGGUUAUUUGUGUGACCUUUUGAAACUCAAAUAAUGACACAACAUUCUCAAAUGAAGAAAAAAACCACCAACUGGCAACAUGGGUGUGUUUGACAAGCAAAAAAAAAAAAAAAAAAAGUAAGAUGCAGCCCCCAAGAAAACAUCAAAUGGGCUACACAGAACAAAUGCUGCUUUGUAAUCUUUCUGCAGACUCUUCCUCUUCUACUCCUGCACCAUUUUUAUUAAACCAGUAAAAUAAACUGAGAAUUACAGUGGAAAGGUAUGACCUUUUAUUAACAGUCUAAUUUACUUCACAUUCACAACCUCAGUGCCAGGGUUUUGUAUUCCUCCUGGCAAUUACACUUUUAUUCAGUAAGUCAUCAUUAGGCACAUAGGUUUUAGUUUCAAUUAAAAUGGUCAAUUCUGUAACCUGCUGCAGCAACACCAUUAGCAAUCUAUCACCCAAUGGGAUUUAGGAAACCAGUUGUUCAGUCUCUUGUUAGAUGCAGAUUGAUGUUUUAGCCUUUUUCUUAAAUAAAAAGAUUAGAAAUGUUUUGGUUUUAAUCUAUCCAUCUGAGAUUAACAGCCAAAACCUUUGAUCCUACUACACACACAUCAUUAAAAGCACAAAGGUGGUUUAAUAGUAGAGUGGUAUUUUACCUGCAUGUUUAAAAAAAUACACACACUCACUUCAGUAGGUUAAUAAAUUUGUAGCCAUUUCUUUGGUAGAUGGCAGUAAUUCACUUAAUGACAUUGCACUAUUGUGACUUUUGACCUCACCAUGACCUGCAGUAGCGUAAGGCAUUAGAGUUGUUCUUUGACCACAUCAACCAGCAUUUCAUAUCUCACUAGGUAUGUUUUUAAUAUUGUUUACAAUCUAGCAAAAUAAUCAUGAUACAACAGCCUACUAUCAACCAAAGCACUGCAUGUGGUUAGAAAACAAAUGAUAUAAAAAUAAGCUUGUUUAUAGUUUUUCUACUCUUACAAAACACUAAUGGUAUUAAUAGUACCUAAUUUUAAAAUUGCCAACAAGAAUUUAAAGAGAAGUGAGCUUGUGUGUAGGGAAGAUAGCUGUAGAUAUGUACUCAGUCCGCAAAGCUACUUGCAAGACUUAAGGGCCCUUAGGUGAAUUCAGAGCAGUCAGUAUUGUCAGUAAGGCAGCUUUUUACCAGGGGAAAUGAAUGUAUCAGUUUACACAUUGGGCAGGUCCUGAACUAUACAUUAUUAGGAACUGCCUUUCAACAGUACAUUAAACUAUUAAAUAUUCAGGGUAAAACAAAUACAUAGGAAUGAUUAAGUACUCAGAAUCAGGCCCUAAGGACGCAACAAAACAGAUUUUUAGAGUAACCUUGAUACCAGUAACACACCACUUGUGCUUGCUUAGCCCCCAAAUUCUGAAAACUAUUCUGUUCUGUUUGGUAAAUAGGUAUUUAGGCAGUUUUUUUAAAGGCACAGUAUUUACCAACAAGAACAUUUGUAGCAUGUAAAAUACAGAUUAUUGUAUAAACUGAAAAUACAAGCUAGAAAUCCUUACCCAGGUUGUUCUUGUACUCUUUUCAAAGAUUAACAUCCCACAUAUUAACACUUCAUACUUAUUGAAGUAAUUUACUCACCAAACUUUGGUAAUUCUAAAAUGGACUCUUAUGAGCAUUAACUGUUUUAGGAAAUCUAUUUUACUGCUCAUACCAUAAAAACUGUCCAAGUGGUUUAUUAAUUUUAAUAUAUGGUACCAAAAAUCAGCACACAGGUUGAGGUCUUGUAUACCAAGUAUCAGGCCCAGGAAAGCUUUGCCCAAGAUAACAGAAAAGCCAACCUGUUGUUCCAACAGACUUCUGAGUAAUUUUUCCUUAUUCUAGUACAUCUCAGCUAUUUUGAGGAAGACUUUGCAGGAACCAGACCUUCUUGGGGAAAAAAAAAAUUGGCUACUAUAAUACUGUGGCACAUUGAUUGUUCUGCUCAGCUUCAAGUAAUGUUUCUUCAACCAAAGAAAUGGGAAAAUUCCUAACCAGCCCUUUCCUGCUGCAAAACAAGGGUUUUUUGAAAAAUCUGUUUGAUUUCUCAUCAUCUUUAAAACUGAAAAAAGAAAAAACCUUCACAGCAAUACUUUAAAAAAAAAAAAAAAAAAGGGAGGAGGGCUGUGUGGGGAAGCCAAAAGAAUACAUCCCCUAACUUGUUGGUAGUUAGGUCAGUUGUGUCAAGGAAAAAAAAUUGGACUUUCCUAGUACACCCUCCACUCCUGUAAAUGGACACAUAAGAAACAAAGUAGUUCUAGGAGUGGUAGAAUAAGAUUCUUUAUUUUCUGGGACUGACAGGAAAUCACUCUUGUUUUAGGCUACAGAGAACUUCCCUGCUAAUUUGCAUAUUGACAUCUAAGGUUUCCACUGUUCAGAAGGCUAAAUGAAAAUGGCUUUUUGGUGAUUUCCAGAGUUUGUUUUAGGAAUUAGAAUAUGGAAAUUAUGUUUACAUUAGUGGGCAGUUCAUUAAUCUAUUG